CGAGCGAGUACUUGUACAGUGUGCCCCCGCGGCCGAUCUCAACCAGAGUGAAAGACGAGAAACAAGAAACCAGGCUUCAUUGAUGAUGCAGAACAUGGGUCUCAAGGCACGAUUUCUCAACUCAUUAGAUCCCCAAAUGGUGUUUCAGUUCAUAGCCACCGUCCAUUUCGAGAUAGACAAUCACUUGGGUUAACGACAAUCGCUGAGGUUUCCUGAAAGGCAAUGAGUUUGAAGAUUAGACUGUGAAUCUUGCUUAACCCAUGUCCAAUGGAUAGUGAAGUUACCCGUUCUAAUUCUUUAAGAACAGUUCGUAGAAUCGAGAGAGGUUCUGAAAGCCAAAAGAUAAGAGAUGCCGACUAUAGUCCAGCUUUUUCUCAGAGAUCAUCUCAAGAUUCUCCCUUGAAGUUUGUUUCGAGGAGGAGCUUUCUGCGUUUUAGUCUUGUAGUCUUGAUUCUCAUUUCUCUGUUAAUUAUAAUAUGGUCAUGCCAAGCAGCUGUAUUUGUUUCUUCAGGUCAUUGUAGAAGGGACAGCAAGAUGUUUGGUUUACUGGACACUAUGGGGCUUCUGCCAAAACCAAUGCACCGUUGUCCAAUUCCCCUCGCCAAUGACCCAGAAGCUAUAGUCAUUCCAAAACACAGUACCCCUAAGACAUUGCCUCAGAAACUCUCUUACAUUUUGGAGGAUGAGUCUUUUAAUGGUGAUCCUUUGUUUGGUGGACGUCAAACUUGGGAGGAAAGAGAUGAGAGUUUCAAGUUAAAUACAACUAUGAGGGUGCACUGUGGUUUUAUGAAACAUGGUGGGGCGGAGAUGGAGGCAAUGGAUGUUAAAUAUGUCAAGAAAUGCAAGUUUGUGGUGGCUUCUGGUAUUUUUGAUGGUUACGAUACCCCCCAUCAGCCAUCAAAUAUCAGCACUCGGUCGAAGAAGCUCUUUUGCUUUCUUAUGGUGGUGGACGAGAUCUCCUUUACUAACAUUACAAAAACUGAUGCUGUCACAGAGGACAGUGAUGGUGGAAAAUGGGUGGGGAUUUGGCGUCUUAUCGUACUUCACGAACCUCCUUAUGAUGAACCCAGAAGGAAUGGGAAGGUGCCUAAAAUCUUAACGCACAGGCUGUUUCCUCAAGCCCAAUAUAGCAUUUGGAUUGAUGGAAAAAUGGAACUUAUUGUUGACCCUCUACUUAUUCUUGAACGUUACUUGUGGCGAGGAAGGAACACAUUUGCCAUCUCCCAGCAUAAGCACCAUCGGAGUAUAUAUGAGGAGGCUGAUGCAAACAAGAGAAGGAAACGUUAUGCCAGGCCUCUGAUCGACUUGCACAUGAAAAUCUAUGUAUAUGAAGGAAUGGAAGCAUGGAGCCCAAAAAAAAGAACACCCAGUGAUGUUCCAGAAGGGGCCAUCAUCAUCCGAGAGCAUACGCCGAUGACUAACUUGUUCAGCUGCCUGUGGUUCAAUGAGGUGAACCUCUUCACACCAAGGGACCAGCUGAGUUUUGGCUACGUUGUAUACAGGUUGAAAGGCGCAUUCAAAUUCUUUAUGUUCCUGAAUUGCGAAUACAAUUCCUUGUUCAUAUUGCACAGGCACACAAGAGAGCAUUCUUCCAAGGUCGAAUGGGUGAAAAAUGUAACGGAACUCGAGAAAAACUCAAAAAUGAAAGAAAGCAAGGGAGGGUUGGGGCUCUGGACUCCAUAUCCUGGGGAUUUAGCCUCAGUGGAAAUCCCCCCUGCUCCUCACAUAAAAGAGUAAAGAAUUAAAGAGUAGAGAUGUCUUCCAUUUUGUGAAGUUCUUUUUAUUUUCUCGGUAGGUAAUUUUCAGGAGGAAAGCUGUAAAUUAUUUCCAGAUGUGUCAUGAUGGUGAACUGGGUAUCGUCAUUCUUUACAGUAUUUAAUUUAUUGAUUAUUUCUUCCUGCUAA